AUGGACCCAAUCGUGAGGAACGCGGGUAUUCUUCACCCGUAUGGCGCUGAGGAAGCGGAUCGGCAGCCCGACCCUGUCUUCAGUACCACCGAGGACGACGCCGGCAUUCCCCUCCACCCCGGCGCAAAGCGCCUCUUCGAUAACAUACCGGCGCUACGCCGCAUUCCCAUCUUCGGCGUUGCUUGCGGGGCAUACGGCCCCGCAUGCGUCAUCAGCCUCGCCCUCUUCCACCUGCUCAGCAAGGGUUUGGCGGAUGGAUUUAUUGGGGGCUCCAUCUUCCCUAUCUUUGUCAACAUUUACAAAGUGGAAGCAGCCCACUACCAGCGGCUCUCAGGAGUUAUAGGGCUUUCUUUUGCUAUCAAGGCCUUCACCGCUGUGAUAUGCGAUACUUUCGCCCUCUUCGGUUACACCAAGCGCUGGUACAUGUUUGGCUCGUGCGUGUUGUGCGGUGUCUUCGCACUGCUCUACGGCCUUCUGCCAGCCAAUCCGUCAUCUGGUAACAUUGCUGCCGGUUUUGUAUUCCUGAGUGACUAUGGUAUGGCCACUGUGGACAUUCUUUCCGAAGGCUUUUACAGCCGUCUGAUACGUAAGAUCCCCAAGGCUGGGCCGUCACUGGUGAGCUGGGUUUGGUGGUUUAUAUCAUGUGGAGGUACUUUGGGCGUAAUGAUCAUGGGCCCGUUAGCCGACCAUAAUAUGCCGCAAGUCGGUGUGUUCGUUGCUGUUGGGCUUCAGUUCCUUGCAUCUUUGAUCUACCUUUUCAAUCUGUACGGCGAGAAGAGGAACCGCGAGGAGCGCAUUGAGGAUGCACGUAUUAUGCGCAAGGAGCUACUCCGGGAGCUCGAGAAGGGGAAAGCCCUAAGCCGUAAGGAAGGGAAGAAAGGCACUCUCGAUGUGGAUCAGGGAAAGGCUCUAGAGUUGGAGCCGAUCGGCGACGGUGAGACAGUGGCGUUGGCUGACGAUCUUCCCCUGAACCUUACCCACACAAACCAGGAGGAGGUGCAAAAGCUGAAGGAACAUGCAGGCACAUACCAGGACGAGGCGAGCCCAGAGCUUCUGCUGCCGCAGCCGAUCAUCUGUUGCUGUGGACUUAUCGAGAUCAACAAAGAGGUCGCCAUGCGGAACAAGAGGGUUCUUGCAUACUGUCUUGUCAUAACAGCCGCUGUCAUAACCUUGGGAUUCGGCAACAUUUUAGCAAGUACGCUAGGGUUGCUUAUUAUCUGCGUAGUGGUGUCGUUGGUGUGCUCUGUGAUGUCCUUCUGGGCAUUGCCGCUCGUUAUUGCAAAGGUUAAUGUAUUUAAUUAUUUAAGUUCAGCAGUCUGCAUAGGUCUACCUGGUAUCAGCAAGUUCUUCAUCGCUGGACCCGAUUGUGUGCCUGGUGGGCCGCAGUUCUCCUUGACUUUCAUAUUCACUGUAUGCACUGUCAUCUCUACCGUCUCGAGUUUAACCGGUAUUUUGGUGUUCAACUACUUUUUCUCAAAGACCAACUACCGCAAAAUCAUGAUCAUUACCACGGUCAUACUCAUACCUUUUGUGUUGCCUGAGAUCUUCAUACUCAAGCGUUGGAAUAUACAGAUGGGCAUUCCCGAUCAGCUCUUUUAUAUCGGUACCAGCACUAUCAUUUCACCACUGAUAGGCAUGGUUUCAUGGAUGCCAACGGUAAUACUGCUGUCACGUCUGUGCCCGCGCGGCUCCGAGAGCAUGGUAUAUGCGGUUCUGGCCAGCUUCUCCAACCUUGGUAGCACCACAAGCACAUCGAUAGGUGCCAUCCUGAUGGAGUAUGUGUGGCCCAUCAAAAGUAAUCCGCCGUGCGACUUCAGUAACGCUGUGAAGCUCGUUGUUGUCUGUAAUAUCAUUUCACCGCUUCAGAUCAUCCCGCUGACCCUAUUGCUGCCAAAUGUCCGUGUGUCUGACGAUAUCGACAUCGAUGGCAAAAUGAUACCAAAAAAGACAGACGAAGAGCCUCACGUGAAACCUGGCAAGGACAGCAACGAGGUCCAUUGA